CAGACAGAAUACACAUGUUCCUUUCCUCUGUCUCUCUGAUCAUCAUCUCAUCCAUUUUUUCAGUGAUUUGGUUUUGUCCUAUUUUCAUGAUUUUAAUUUUUAUUUUUCAUCAUAAAUAAGAUCCUUUGAACACAGAGCAAAAUAACAAGGAGAAGGAGAGAGCAAGAAAAAAGGGCAAAAGUCUAUUAACUCCCCCAAAAAAGAAAGAUGAUUCCUCUCCUUAAAAUUCAUUUCUAUUAAUGCCUCCCUUUAAUCUCCAAGACCCUAUAUAUCUUCCUCUUAUGAAUUGCGUUUCAUCGUCGCGGCUUUCUUUUUCAGAUGCUCAAUUUUGCAUUUUUAGAUUGCUGAUUCUGCAAACUACAUUUUGUUGAUUUUGUAAUUUGAGGCUUCGAGAAGUAAGUCUCUGGUUUACCGUCCCUGUAUAUCAGCAUUUUAUUCCUUUUGAUCUGCUGAUAUUGUCUGGAAGUAUUUCCGGCAAAAGCCUAAUUUUUCUUCACCAAAAGGUUUUGAACUCUUCCCUGUUUAUUUCAACUACAGUCCGAGCUUGUGGUCUGUUUCAUAUUUUGACCUGAGAAAUGGGAGCUUGAGUGGACAUUUGUUUGAAAUUUGGAAUAAUAUUUAGCGUCUCUGACAUAUUUGGAUUAUAUCUUCCCUGAUGCAAGGUCAGGGGGGCACGGUUGACUCCUUUCCUGAAACUGUUAACAUUGAUGAGGGAUCUAAUCCCAAUGACACGAGUAUUGGUCAACCGAAUUCUUUGCAUAACAUGCUGUAUCCUGUGGAAAAUCGAUUAUCCAAUUAUGCAGUGUCUUCCGCUGGGACAAUGCAUGGAAACACUACUACUCCUGAUGUUCAGAGGUUUAGUGGCUGGAGUUAUGGUGAACCAAGCUCUAGAUUGAGAAUGCAAAACGAGGUGAUGCAGGAUGUUCUAAAUCACCAGCUCAAUGAUGAUAGAACAAAAAUAGAGCGUGAUUGGCCUUCUUAUGGUGCUCAUGUUGUUCCAAGGUCGGAAGAAAGGCUGAUUGAGCCAGCAAAUGCCAUUUUUCCUGGGAUAUUGAAUAAUGGUCGAAGUAGCAAUCAGGUCCGGAGUCCCAUAUUUUUGCAAGGUUCAAGCUCUAAUCAUAGCCCACAAAAUGUGAAUCUAAAUGAAGGGUUUAUUAGCAGCAGUAGGAAUGGAAGGUCAGGCAUGGGAAAUGGUAUAGGUCUCAAUGUCCACAACUCGGUUGGACUAGAAAGAGAACAUAUAUCCAAUGCUGGUGUUUCUUCCGAUAAUGUUGGUAGUUCAUCUGGAAGCUCUAAUCAUGUGGGGGAGGAAAAUAUUGAUGGUUCUGGCUCAUCUUUGGGCAGUUGGGGUUUAUCCUGCAAAAGGAAGGUCCUUGAAGGUACUUCUGCACAGUCUUAUUCUGCUGAUACUUCAAGCUGUUUUCAACAAAUAGACAAUGCUGCAUGGCAUGCUGGUCCCUCUCGUAAUGAUGCUUCUAGCAGCUUGAGUUUAUCAACACCCUCUUGGAAUUUCCUUAAUGUUGGUCCCCCCGAUCAGCCGAAUCCAAGAGUUGGGCUUGGUACGAGAGGAGUAAUUAGUGAUGCAUUUACUUCUAGUGUAAGAAGAGCAAAUGCAGGAAACCGACAAGAAUCUUUACCAUAUAGUUUACCAUCAACUGCAGUUGCUGGCCAUUCCAGUUUUGGCUCUCCUGUUCACUCUAGAGCUGCCCCAUUUGGUGACUCUUUAGACUUGAGAUCCCCCGGGGUUAUAGCUGGAAAUUCUAGUUUUGUGCCAACACAACCUCAUAUUAGGACCACUUCUGUUGUGCCACGAAAUGUGAAUCCUUUCCCUUGGAAUGGUGCUUCCAGUUUAAGAGCUGCCAACCCCCCAAGUUCUACUAAUUUUGGAGAGAGAGCUGCUGCGGACGAACCAAACAUAAGAAAUAUCCCAAGAAACAAUACAGAGCAUCCCAUGCUUGUACCAGCCACUGAGAUGAGAAAUGUAGCACAAGAACCAACAGAUUGGAAUUUGGCUUCCAGAAAUAUUAGCACUUCUGGAGGUAUGCCAUCUUUUAGUCAACCUGGACGUAGUUCAAGUAACCAUCCUUUGCCCACUCAUGCCUGGAUUCCUCCUCGCAGCCCUCCACUAAGGCUAUCAGAUUUUUCUCCGUGGUCUUUAUUUCCUCCAAUUGAUUCUGAACCUGGUGGUCGUAGUGGCCAUUUUCUGUCAUUGUCUUCAGGCCCUUCUGCUUCCUCACGAGAGACAGUUGUGCCAUCUGGAUCGAACAUUCUAGGUAACAAUCAACCUUAUCCAAGGUCAGCAUUCAUAUUGGAGAGACAAGAUGGUGAUGUCCUUGGGAUGCCCCACUCAUUGCGUGCUUUGGCUGCUGACAUUGAAGGGAGACACCGGCUAAUAUCUGAGAUACGCCAAGUCUUGAACGCCAUGCGCAGAGGGGAGAAUUUACGAAUUGAGGUUUGGUUUUUGAUUCAUGCAAUGUUUAUUUUUGUGCAUAGAGUUUUUUUUUUUCUUUAGCUACAUUGACUAUAAUGAUUUAGCUGGUUAAGUUUGAAAAUAUCCAUUUCCUUGUUUUGACUUUAAUCUUACAAAACAGUUUUAGGGUUUCACCAAUAAGUGGUAUGGUUUCUGUGCAAUUCGUAUCCUUUCCCAUUUUUUGAAUUUUUCUCGUACCAUGUUCUCUCUAAAAUA